AUGGCAAUGGACGACGUCGCCUUCGCCGCGGGCUCCUCCUCGUCCGCCAUGGACGCCCUCGCCGCCUCCUCCUCCUCCUCGUCCGCCGCGCCCGCCGACCCCUCGCACGGCUGGCAGAAGGUGACCUACGCCAAGCGCAGCAGCCGCAAGCCCGCCGCCGUGGCCCCGGCCGCGGCCGCGGCGCCCGAUCUGGGCGGCAAGCCCGGCGUCUUCGACGGCCUCGACAAGCGCUCGCAGGAGCGCCACCGCGCGAUCCAGGCCGCCCGGGACGCCACGGCCGGCUACUACGAUGACGACGACGACGCCGCCAACGCCGCCCGCGUCCCCUGGGGCUCCCGCUCCUCCGACGAGGGCUCCGACUCGGACGGGGCGGCGGCCAAGGACCGCGCCCAGGCCGAGGCGCCCAAGAAGCCCAAGAAGCCCAAGGUGAAGAAGCCCAAGGUGACCGUCGCCGACGCCGCCGCGCUCAUCGACGCCGAGAGCCUCGCCGCGCACCUCGUCGACAUCUCGGCCUCGUAUGAGAACCAGGAGGGCAUCCAGCUCAUGCGCUUCGCCGACUACUUCGGCCGGGCGUUUGCCAACGUGAGCGUGGCCCAGUUCCCCUGGGCGAAGAUGUUCAAGGAGUCACCCAUGCCCAAGAUGGUUGAUGUACCAUUGUCCCAUGUUCCUGAGCCAGUUUGCAAGACUGCAAGUGAUUGGAUCAGCCAGAGAUCUCCUGAUGCAUUGGGCGAAUUUGUUUUGUGGUGUAUAGAUAGCAUCAUGUCGGAGUUGUCAGGUCCAACUGUUGGACCUAAGGGCGCGAAGAAGGUUCAACAAACUCCAAAAGCCCAGGUUGCAAUAUUUGUUGUGCUUGCCUUGACUUUAAGAAGGAAGCCAGAUGUACUAAUAAACCUCUCCCCCAAAAUAGUGGGGAACAGUAAAUAUCUUGGACAGGAAAAGCUUCCCAUCAUCGCCUGGGUUAUUAAUCAGGCAUCUCAAGGCGACCUAGUCUCGGGAAUGUUUUGCUGGUCGCAUUCCCUAUUUCCCAGUGUGUGUGCAAAGUCAAGUGUGAAUCCUCAGUCAAGAGAUCUUGUUUUGCAGUUGCUCGAGAGGUUUGUGUCUACCCCUAAUGCCUCCAAAGCUCGGGCUAUGCUACUGAGUGGCGCCGUUAGAAAGGGGGAGCGCCUGGUUCCUGCUGGAACACUUGAUCUCUUUAUGAGAUGCACAUUUCCCGUGCCUAAUGCACGCGUCAAGGCUACAGAAAGGUUUGAAGCAGCCUACCCAAUAAUAAAGGAGCUGGCUCUUGUUGGUACUCCUGGCUCCAAAGCUGUGAAGCAAGCAUCACAGCAGCUUCUGCCUUUGGCUGUGAAGGCAAUGCAAGAAAAUAAUGCAGAGCUUGCCAAGGAGGCCACCGAUGUGUUCAUCUGGUGCCUGACUCAGAGUCCAGAGUCCUACAAGCUGUGGGACAAGCUUCAUGCAGAGAAUAUCCAAGCCAGUGUUGCGGUCUUGCGCAAAAUCACUGCAGACUGGAAGACACUCUCUCCCAAGCUCAACUCUGAAGCUCUUAAAGCAACUCUGAAGAGCCUCAAGGCUAAGAAUGAGGCUGCUCUGGAGGAAGCAGAGGACUCUGGGGAGAAGGCGUCCAUCAAGGAGGCAGACAAGUACUGCAAGGCCAUCAUCGGGAGGCUGUCGCGCGGUGCCACCUGCCUGAAGGGCAGCCUGCUGGUGAUCGCGCUCGCGGCCGGGGCCGGCUUCAUGCUCUCCCCCAACCUCGACCUCACCGCCGACCUUGAGAAGCUCCAGGCGAUGGCGCUGGAGCUCCAGGCCAUGGCGUCGGAGUACCUGCGGUCCUUCUGA